ACUGACCACGAGCCAGCAGCGUGCCCUGGUGGCCAAGAAGGUCACUGGUGUAAUGGUUGACCAAUAGUUGACACUUUGGGGCCAUUCUGGGGCGGUUUGGGGCCAUUUUAGGGAUGGUAUCACAGCCCCCUUGGGUCCCUAUGGGAUCCCAAUGGCACUUUGGGCCCCCUCAUGUCAGUGUCACAGUGUCCCCAAAGGUCCCUGUGCCCGGCGCAGCAGGGGACGAAUCUGCCUCUCAGGCACCGCAGAGCGUUUGCUCAGGAGGACAAAUGCUGCGAUAACAACCCCCCUUCCCUGCCUCCCCGGCUCCCGGUUUGGGCUGUGGUGCUGCUGGUUUUCUUCCCAUAGCUGCUGUGCUGUGGUUUGGGGUGGGAACAGCGCUGAUAACUCGCAGGUGUUGCUGCUGAGCUCUGCUCGCUGCACACCAAGGACACUGCAGCGCGGGGGAGGGACAGAGGCGCAGCGCUGCCCACGGCGCCCGCUCCGCUCCGUUCCCUGGGGCGCAGCGCUGAGCGCCCGGGCGUGGGGAGAGCUAGCCCACGUGUUCUCGCGCAUUUUUCUUUCCAGUUCUCCACUGUUUGAUUUUUCCGGGCCAUAAAGAAGCGUUCACAGAGCCCCGUGUUCCGCUUCGUGCCCGCUUCCCCUCUCCCGGGCCCAGUUCCCCACGCGCGUCCUCCCCAACACGGAGCGGGGCGCAGAACUACAGCUCCCGGCGUGCCCCGCGCUGCGCGCUGCGCGCUGAUUGGCUGCGGAGGAGAUUUGAAUGGGGCGCGUGGCGGGGACUGUGCGCAGUUGGAGGCCGCAGCGGUGGGGCCGGGCGCUGCCAUGAAGCGCCUCAAAGGAGCUGACUUUGUGUCCCGCACCGCCAGCCCAGAGGGGACAGAGGAGCUGCUCGCAGAGCUGUCGCAAAGCCUGUCCUGUGGCGCAGCGGUGCUGGGCAGCGUACAGAGCACUGUGUGUGACCGAAUCCUGCGGGCCUGCGUGCAGCGCCUGGGGGAGCCGAGCUGCUGCCUGGCACAUGCCACCAGCUUGCUGGCGCUGGCUGAGGCUGCCUGCAGGGGCUACGUCACUGCCGCCACCCCCCCGCCCACCCCUCUCUACCUGGAGAAGAUCCUCUACCACCUGCUGAAGAACGCGGCCGCACGCAGCCAUCGUGAUGCCUGCAGGCGGGCGGCAGAGCUCCUCCACGCUCAGCUCUGUGCUCACCGGCGCAGCCAUGUGCCCUGUGCCGACUUCAGCGCUGUUGCCCACAGCAGCUUCUGCACGCUGUGGAGCGCGGCGGGGACGCUGGGGGACCGCCUGCAGGCCCUGCGCUUCCUGCUGCUGCUGGAGGACGAGGAGGGGGCCGUGCUGCCCCUGGAGCCGCCUUUCUUCACCUCGCAGACCGCUCGGCAGGCCGCGGCCGCCGCUCUCUCCAAAGUCCACCAGGCUCCAUCCUCGGCUUGCUUUGGCCGGGAGCUGGGGGGCUGCCUCCUGGCCUCCCUGCGCAAGGACGCGGCGCGGCCGCCCGCCCUGCCCCAGGCCCUUUGCUUCUUCGAGCUGGCGUUGGAGCAGUGCCGGCAGCUCUGCAAGGGCGGCUGCUACGAGGAGGCGGAGGCGGCGGUGAGGGACGCACGAUGCUUCUUGGGCAGCUCCAUGGGCGGCUCCGAGGCAUCGUUCAGUGAGGCCCUGGCUCUGCUGGAGGCUGGCGUGGAGCUGAGCUGGGCGCUGGCCACGGGCACGGGCUCGGUGGGGCCGGCCCUGGCGCGGGCAGCGGCGGCGUUGGGCAGCGCGGCAAAGGCCUCGGGGCGCUUCCUCAGAGCGCUGGCCGAGGGCUGCCAGUUUGUCACCGCGUCCCUCAGCGAGCGCGCCAGGAGCAGCCAGCAGCGACCGCUGCCUCAGGAGGACGUGCUGCAGCUCUGCGCCUUUGUGGAGGGGCACUGCCGCGUCCUCACCCUGCUGCUGGGCCUGGUUCCUCCUGACGGCGUGAAGCAGUGGCUUGUGCUGAAGCAGCUGCUGUACCACAGCCUCCAGCUCUUCACCAGCAUGGCCUGUGACACCUUCCGUUCCUCCCAGGUGGCUGGGUGGCCAGGGCAGGAGCGGCUGACGUUGGGCUGCCAGGACACCGUGACACUGAUGCUGGAGGCUCUGGAGGGACUUCCCCAGGGCGAGCAAGCCAAGUACCUCGACAUCACGGCAUCAUGCACAUUUAAGCUGGCAUACAUCUUCUACAACCAGAACCUCCAUGAGGAAGCAUGUUCCAUCUCUGAGCUCUUCUGCAGGAAGCUGAAGACAAUAGAUGCCUUCAGAUUUCCAGAGAUACCCCCUGAAAGGCUGCACAGGUGCUUCAGGCUGCAGGUGGAAAGCUACCGAAAGCUGGGCCGGCUUGAGAGUGCACUGGCAUCCUGCGUGCAGUGGCUGGUAUCGCUGCGGGGCCGCAUCAGGGAGCUGCUGGCAGAGCCCAUUGGCCUCUGGGCCCGGGUGAAAACGGACAGCAUGAAGCAGGGAGCAGAGGACUUGCGGCUGAGAACCCUGAAGGAAGAACUGUCUGCUCACCACCUGGACACGGACACCUUGGUGGCUGUGCUCUUCGCCGAGCUGAAGGCUUACAAGGGCGUCCGUGCCGACACGGGGCAGGAACGCUACAACGUGCUCUGCGACCUGCUGGAGAUCUGCUCGGAGGAGAGCGGCCGCUUGCACGAGCGCGCUGCCGGCUUGGUGGAGCUGGCCCAGGUCCUGUGCUACCACAACUACGCCCAGCAGACGGACUGCUCUGCGCUGGACUCUGUCCAUGAAGCCUUGCGGCUGUUGGACUCGGUGCCCAGGAACGCUGAGAACCGGGAGCAGCUCCUGGAUGACCAGGCGCAGGCUCUGCUCUGGCUCUACAUCUGCACCCUGGAGUCCAAGCUGGAGGAGGGCAUAGCAAGGGAGCAGAGAGUCAAAGCUCUGGGGCAGAAGAGCCUGGAAGACUUUGAGCCCAAUGACCUCAACUACGAAAGCAGGAUGCAGGAGGACGCGUUCCUGAACAGUGGCAUCUCCUUCAACCUGGUGACAGAGUUGGCUCAGUCCAAGAGCCUGGACGAUGCCUUAGCCCUAUGGAAGCAGCUGCUGGCAUCUCAGUGCGUCCCAGCUGUGCGCAGCCCGGAGCAGACCGUGGCCUCCCUUCUUGUUGCAGCAGCUCUCUACAGGCUGAUGGACAAGCCUCUGCAAGCCAUGGAGAGCUACCUGCUGGUGCGAGCCCUGUGCAGCGCGCUUGGGGACGACUUGGGCACAGCCGGAGCCCUCUGCCAGGUCACCAAACUGCUCCUCCAGCUGGAGUGCCCCAGCUAUGCCAAGCUCUUCCUGGAAGAGACAGAGUCGUGCUUGCAGAGAGCUGACAGGGACAGCGACUCCUACCUGCUGCUGCAGCAGACCUGCCUCGUGCUCCGCAGCCAGCUGUACUGCGCCAGCCACCAAAUCAAAGAUGGCACUGCCCUCUUGUUGGAGGUGCUCCGGAACCCAGCUCUGCAAAAAACUGCCAAGGUCUGGUACGUGCUCCAAGCACAAGUCCUGCAGCUGACUGCCACCUACCUGAGCCUGCCGCCCGCCCACCUCUGUCCAGAGUUCAGGCAGCACAUCUUCGCGCAGGGGUGGAAGACGGCUGAGAUAGCUCUGAGCGAAGCCCACAAAUUGUUACGUAGCAUCAUCCUCCUCCUGACGGGCAGCAGCAUGCUGGGCUCCCACAAGUCGACAGCAGACGUCCAGUUCGUGGAUUGUGGGGACAACGUGCUGCAGAAGUGGCAAGUGCUGGCUGACGUGCUGUGCUGCUCAGAGCGCCUGGUGGUCCUCCUCAGCAGGGUGGAGGUGAUGUGCAAAGCCAAAGCCUUCUGCUUGGAGGCCAUCAAGCUGGCUGUGAAACUGCAGGCAAUCCGAUGGUGUGUUUCCUUCCUGGUGCUGAAGGCUCAGCUGGAGCUGCAGCAGAGCGAGCUGGAGCUGAGCCACUGGGACCUGCAGCAGGCUCUGUUCCUCCUGGAGUCGGGCACAGAGUUUGAGGCUGAUGAGAAGCAGCGAGGUCCCCUGAAGAUCUUGCCCAGGAAGGGCAAACCAGAGGGAAGGAAGCAGCAGGAUGUGGGCUCUGAGCCUCCUGGGGAAGACGAGGGCUUCCUGAAGGGUCCUGCACUGGAAUUCGUGGCUAUGGUGAGCGGCCUGGAGAAAGCAGAUGACCUCAGCUCCUCACCGCAACUGAAACCCAAGAGGAAGAGGAGGCUUGCCUUCCUCGCCCACCCUGCUGCCUGCCCCUGCUGCCUCUGCUCUGACCUGACCUUGUCGUCCAUCUGCCUCCGCUGGCUGCUUUCCUGUGCGCGGGGUGAGCUGGCGGCCGGCAGCGCAGCUGAAGGGCUGGGGCUGAUCCACGCCACCCUGCAGCGCUGCGGCACCGUGGCUCCUCGCUUUGCCGUGCUGCUGCAGGACAAGCUGGGCAACGGUCACGACACACCUGCACUGAAGCUGCUGGAUGAUUUGGUGGCCACCGGCUACACCAUGCUGGCCCUUCACAGCCUGGCUGGUCCCCGGCCCGAGGAGAAGCUGGAGGAGCAGCUGAAAGUCGGUCUAUCCUUCCUGGCAUCCUGCAGUCCCCAUCUGCCCAGCCUGGGGGUCUCCAGGGCCAGCCUGCUGCUCGCCAAAGCCACGGCUGCUGUUUGCCGCUUGGCCACCAAGCACGGAGGCUCUGUGGACACUGUCUUUGCCUCUUCUUGGGCUUGGCAGCCAGCCCCGCCGAGUCCCACUGAACCCAAAGCAGCUGUGGCUGCGCCUGGGAUGGACAGAGCUCAACUAAAGAGGCUUAAAAACAAAGCGGCAGCUGCAGCAUCCCCUGUGCUCAAGCCCAGAGCCAAGAAGACCCAGAGAGCAAAGCCCCCCUCGGUGGCGGAUACCAAGGACACCCUUCUUGUGAGCAAUUUGGACACAGAGCUGCCCGCUGCUGUUAGUCGGACUGUGACAACGUCCUGCACCCUGCACAUGGACACCUGUCCCCACAGCAAAGCACGUGCACGGGGCUCUGUGUCAUCCCCUGCACGUAAACCCAGAGGGAAGAAGAACCAGAAAGCGAAGCACGCAGAUACCAACGAUGUCUUUGCUUUGGGUGACUCGGACAGCGAGGUGCCCCCCAUUGUGAUCCGGCCGGCAGCAGUGCCCUGCACCCCGCGCCAGAAGUCCUGUCCUCCAGCCAGGACGUGCACCCGGGGGGCUGCAAUGCUCCUACGCCCCAGGGCUCCCUUCACCGUGUUCAGCGAGGCCUCGCCACCACUCAGCAAGUCACAGCUCCUGAAAGCACCCAAAGCCCGUGGGAAAAUCAGGUCCCGCCUGCCGGUGACGUUCAGCGAUGACAGCGACAUUGAGGGUCUCAAAUCAGUGCUGAGCCCUGUUGCCAGCAAAGCGCCCGAUCCCAGCUGCAAGACACCGCAGUCAGCAUCCUGCUCACGGAGAGCUCUGCUCCCCCAGUCCGUGGAGAUGGGGGGCUCCCAGCUGAGCUCCUCCUCCGUGGGCAGAGGCUGUGGGAGCCGCACCCGGCCCCAGCGGGGACGCAGGGUUGGGGGCACAGAGAAGAAGGAGCGGACGGCACGCAGGGCUCCGAGCUGGAAAGGGGAUGAGGAACGGGAGCUGCUGAGAGCCAUCGAAGAGGAGGAAAAGGUGGAGGAGCAGCUCAAUGUCAGCUUGGAGCUACUCCGAGCCUCUGAGGACGGAGCUGAGGGCAGGAUCCGAUGCAGGCAGGAGGGCACGGAUGUGGAGCUCGAGGUGCUGCGGCAGGAGGCCAGCAGCGAGGUCCUGGUGCAGCAGGGGCUGGGCAGAACAGAACCCCUCUGCCUCAGUGCCCUGCACAACGCGCUGCCAACUGUGGAUGACACCUCCUCGCUGGACAGAGUCUGCGGGCUCCUGAGAUCUGCCUUCAGCUGCAUCAGCCACUGCCCGCCCGGCACGCUGUACAGCCAGCUCUGCCAGCUCCUGGCUCUGGCCACAGGUGACCAGGACCCCAUCACCACUGCCUGCCUGCUGGCCGAGUCCAUCUCGGUCACCACGCGCCAUCAGCUGCUCAGCAUCAUCCACAGGAAGCUUCAUAAGGAGAAGAAGUCAGUGGCAGAUGUGGCAGAGCAGCUCCAAGGGCUGUCCCUGCAGGACAAGGAUGCUGCUUCUCACCGCCACCACCUCACCAGGCUCCAGGACCUCUUCAGCUUCAGCCCCACAGGUCUGGGGCCCCAGGAGUGCACCAGCUUCAGUGAGCAGCUGCAGCAGAUCCCGGCUGGGGUGACCGCGUGUGUGUUGACCCUGGUGAACAUCCAUCCCGCCUCCGUGGGGGACACGCUGCUGCUGACGCGGUUGGAGAGGGGCAGCACUCCCAUCACUGUCCGCAUCCCAACUGCGCACACCGAGACCCCACUGAGCUCCGUGCUGAGAGACUUUGACUCCAUCCAGAAGGAGCAGAAGGAAGCCAGCAACCACACUGACAAGCGGGACUGGUGGCUGUGCCGCUUUGAGCUGGACCAGAGGAUGAAGAACCUCAUUGAGACGCUGGAGAUGCAGGUACUGGGCUGCUGGAAGGCAGCGCUGCUCCCUGCAGCCCAGGAUCCGCUGUUGGCUGAGGAAGCUGCCUGCUUAUGUGCCCAGCUGCAGCAGUGUGGCUGGUGGGGCAAGGAUCCGACCCUGCUCAAGGUCGUGCUGAACGCCGCUGCCCUCCUCAGCCCUGCUGAUGUGCGAGCCCUGGCUGCGGGGCUGUGCCCAGCUCAGCCUGGCAGAGCCCAGCUCCUCUUGCAGGAGGCCCUGGAGAAGCGCAAGAACAGCAGCCAGGAGCCUCAUGGCUCUGUCGUCCUGCUGCUGGAUAAACACCUGCAGAAGCUGCCCUGGGAGAGCAUGGCGUGCCUGAGGGACCUGCCUGUCACCCGGCUCCCAUCCCUGCGCUUCCUCCUCAGCUACGCCCUGGCACAGAGGCAGACAAACUCCGUGCUGUGCCGUGGCAUUGACCCCAGCAGGACCUUCUACAUCCUCAACCCUCAGAACAACCUCUUGGGCACUGAGGAGCGAUUCCGCAGCUGGUUCGAGAGUGAACCAGGCUGGAGAGGGGUGACAGGAGCUGUCCCCAGCCAGGAGCAGAUGCAAGCAGCGCUGCUGGAGCAUGAUCUCUACAUCUACGCAGGACAUGGAGCGGGUGCACGCCUGCUGGACGGACAGGCCAUCGCCCAGCUGCAGUGCCGCGCCGUCACCCUGCUCUUCGGCUGCAGCAGCGCCGCGCUCGCCGUGCGUGGCAAUCUGGAGGGCACUGGCAUCGUGCUCAAGUACAUCAUGGCUGGCUGCCCCCUCGUCUUGGGCAACCUGUGGGAUGUCACCGACCGCGACAUCGACCGCUAUGCAGAGGCCUUGCUGCGGGCCUGGCUGGGGGCUCGCCCCGGGGCCCCCCUCCUCCGCUAUGUGGCCGAGGCCCGGCGUGCCCCCCGCCUCCAGCACCUCAUCGGGGCUGCCCCUGUGGCCUAUGGCCUCCCUGUGGCCCUGCAGUGACACGGAGGGGGUGGGCACCGGGACCCCCAUUGCACGUACAGUCCCAGGGCUGCGUUUGUCUCGUUCUAAUUUAUUUUAAUUCCUGUGUUUUUAUGCUCAGAGAUAAUAAAGCUGUUCCUAUUGAAUGCUGCCUUCCUACGCUUGCUUGGGGCAGGGUUGACUCGACCCCCGCACCCCCUUUCUCCUCUCUUGUGUCCCCCAUUCUUCUCCCCCACUUCCUGGGGGCUGCUGCGCGCAUGCCCCCUCCUUUUCGGGUGCAGCUGAGGGCCCCUUUUUCCCACCACUGGGGCAAC